AACAACCCUCGAUUCUUUCCCCUGCUCGUGACUGCAACGAACGAGUUCUCCGUCCAUGGAAGUUCCGAUGGAUGAGGAAACAAGCCCUAGAUUCUUUGUGGCUGUCCACGUUGGGGCCGGGUAUCACGCUCUUUCGAGUGAGAAAUCUCUGAGGUCCGCCAUGAAACGCGCUUGCAUUGCUGCUGCUUCUCUACUACGCCAGGGUUCUGGGAGUGGGAGAUGUAUCGAUGCUACCACUGCAGCUAUUAAAGUAUUGGAGGAUGAUCCUUGUACAAAUGCUGGCCGAGGUUCUAAUCUGACGGAAGAUGGCCGGGUAGAAUGUGAUGCCAGUAUCAUGGAUGGUGAUUCUGGCGCAUUUGGGGCUGUUGGAGCAGUGCCAGGUGUGAGAAAUGCCAUAGAGAUUGCCGCCUUACUGGCCAAGGAGCAGUUGACGGAGUCCUCAUUGUUGGGUCGAAUACCUCCCAUGUUUUUGGUUGGUGAAGGUGCCCGAGCCUGGGCUAGAUCGAAGAACGUUCUUUUAGAAGACACUGUGGAUGAAGCUGAGAAGUGGCUAGUAACGAAAAGGGCAAAAGUACAGUGGCAAAAGUUCAAAGAAAUGCUGCGUACUGCCACCACUCUGACUGAUGCAACCAGUGAAAAAGAGUCUGGAUAUGUAUCAGGAACUAAUUCUGUGGACACUUCAGGGGUACCUGGGGGUGCCUCAUCAUCUGUUCCAACUUCUGAAGAAGACUCUGUAAUGGACACUGUUGGGGUUAUCUGUGUCGACAGUGAAGGGCACAUAGCUUGUGGAGCUUCUAGUGGCGGUAUAGCCCUCAAGGUUGGAGGGCGCGUUGGUUUAGCUGCAAUGUAUGGCUCAGGUUGCUGGGCGUCAUCGAAAGGUCCCUUUGGUUCUUCGUUCAUAGCUGGCUGUUGUGUUUCGGGUGCUGGUGAAUCCCUGAUGAAAGGACUUGUGGCUCGGGAAUGUUGUGUCUCCUCAGCAACUUCUCAGGCUGGUCCUGCAUCUGCUAGCAUAAACGUUCUGCUGUCACUGAAUCCAAACAGCAACAUCACUCAAGCUGGUGGAAAUAUAAGUUCAGGAGUUCUAAUGGUGCAAGCCGAUGCACCUGCUGUGACUCCAGGCAGUACAGCAAAGCUUAAAGCCAUCGACAUAGCAGCUGUAUACUCUUCCUUGUCUUUUGGAAUUGGAUAUCUUGGGAACUCAAUGGAACGGCCAAAGGCAUCAGUUCUACGACGCACAAAACAACAGAAAGAGCUAGGAAUUGACCAUUUUGAAGCACGAAUCCACCUUUCUUCCAACGGAUCGUAGAUUCUUAGUAGCUAAACUUGACAGUGUUGAAUUUCCUUUUGUACGAAACUCUUUCCGAGUAAUUUAUGGAAUGGAAGACUAGCAAGUACUAUUUCUGUGUAAUUUAUGGAUCGAAAUGAGUAGCAAUUACUGCUCUGAAGUUGGAACUCCUUGUAAGAUGACUAGAAAACUGAAAAUAUUGUACCUGGGCGGACUUGGACACACCAACCCCCGCCCGAAAAUUUUGUAUAGAACUUUUUUUUUUGCUAUAAAAAUUCUAAUUUGGG